AUGUAUAUUAAAAAUUGGGCUCAGAUCUCGUUCAUCGAGUUGUAUGUUGAGUUUGAACAAUCUGAGGCCGACUGGAAUAUUCUACGGGAAGAUUAUAACAGUGACAGUGAAGAAGAGUUCGAAAGCAACUACGAAUUUGUUGCUCCAGAUGGAGAUGAAGAUCAAGGUGACGGAACUACGGCUCCAGAUGUGACAGAGGUGGCAAAUGCACUCGCAAACGAAGUGCCAUGUCAUAGUUCUCAGGAUCGAACUGGUGCUCGAACAGUUCAGGUGACUGGGUCACUGGUUCAACUGCUGGCAGAAAUUCCUAUUGUCGCAGAUGGUGAAUUUGCCGUUGGUAUAGAGUUCAGUUCCAGGGAAGCUGUUAUUAAGGCGAUAAAAGAGGUUAGCAUGAUCAGCAGGAAGCAUUGUUGGGUUAUACGGAGGUAUAAUGGUAGUCACACUUGUACCAGAGCUACCAUUUCUCAGGAUCAUUCGAAGCUGGAUUCAAACACAAUUGCAGAAGCAAUAAAGUCGUUGGUUGAGGCUGACCCCUCAUUAAAGGUAAAAUCAGUUAUAGCAGAAGUGCAAUCGAAGUUCAACUACACCGAGCCAUCAGCUGUUGUCUAUUUUGAGACUAUGUCUGCAUAUCAAGGUGAUGACUUGGUGGGUGAUAUUCGGAUACUGCAUCGAGUAUUUUGGAGUUAUUACCCCUGUAUUAGGGCAUUCAGACAUUGUAAGUCAGUUGUUCAGGUGGAUGAGACUCACUUGUACGGAAAGUAUAAGGGUUGUCUACUAGUGGCAGUUUCACAGGAUGACAACAAUAAUAUAGUCCCAAUUGCGUUUGCUAUUGUGGAGGGAGAGACUUCUGAUGCAUGGCACUUUUUCCUUAGUAACCUCCGUCAACAUGUUGUCACUCGGGAUGGUGUGCGUCUAAUAUCCGACCGACACGAAUCCAUCAAUGCAGCUGUGGAACGCAGUAACAGAGCUUGGUCACCUCCUAGAGCUUUUCAUAUGUUUUGCAUAAGGCAUAUAGAGUCAAAUUUUCUGAGAAAGUUCAAGGCACCGUACCUCCAAAAAUUGGUCGUCAACAUUGGAUAUUUGAGGACGGUGCGGGAGUACGAGUAUGCAUUGGAAUUUGAUGGUGGAUACCAAUGGGGUCACAUAACGACGAAUCUAGUGGAAUGCAUCAAUUCAGUAUUGAAGGGUAUACGCAAUUUUCCCAUUACUGCUAUUGUGAAGACAACAUUAUACAGGCUAAACGAGUUGUUCACCAAAAAAAGAGCAGAGGCAAAAGCGCGAAUUAAUGCUGGCCAUGUGUUUUCUGAUGUCGUGACCUCGAAGUUGCAUGCAAACCAACUUGCAUCAGGAAACAUUCAGGUGGACCGGAUCCCCUACAGACAUGUGUUCGCAUAUUGUGCCAACCAGCGACUGGAUUGGCAAUUGUAUGUGCAUGAUGUCUAUAAGAUGGACGAAGUUCAGCGGUUGUACCGAGCAAGGUUUAAGCCACUAGGUAAUCCUACUACAUGGCCUGCUUACAACGGACCUCGGUUUGUACCGAAUCCGUACUUGAGACGCAUCACGAAAGGUCGCCCCAGGAUGACGCGCUUCUUGAAUGAGAUGGACACGCGAAUGUUACGUCGUCCUAGGCGAUGUGGGCUAUGUGGGGCUGAGGGACACAGUCGUAGCAGAUGUCGUCAGUCAGUUGGUGCAAAUGCCGACAGAGCUGCUCAAUAG